AUGGCGUCCUUCUCGAUGCCGGAGCAGUACCUCAAUCCGCUGCAACAGCGCGCGGCUGCCGCAGCGCAGGCUCUAUUGGCUCCAGGACGGUCGAUAUCACAACGAGAGAUCCAGACGAUGCUGGAGAAAAACGAGGCGGCGCUGAGGGGCUGGAACGUGCUGCAUAAACAACAGCCUGCCAAGGCAAACGCUGCCGAGCACAAAGAGUGGGUGCGAAGAUGUGUGACGUAUCGGAAACAGAUUGGAGCUAGACUCGAGGUGCUGGCCUCGCUCGCGGACAAGCAGAUUGCUCUGGAAGACGAAAAAAGUGGCGGACAAAAAGCUACGCCCUCGUCAACAGCAGCAGUAGCAGCAGCAGCAGCAGCUCCAAGAAAAGCAAAGACGUCGCGGAAACCAGCGCUGGCAGCUGUAAGUGCUGCGGUCUCGCGUGCCCAGCAACAUUUGGCGUCUGUUGCUCCUCGGCCGGUAUAUGCUCCGCAACAGGCUCCGACGACGUCAACGCCAAUACGACCUGCAUCGACACGGUCGACGUCGAUGAUGGCGUCGCACACGGCCACGCCAACGCCGCCGACUAUGUUUCCUGAUCCCCCGAUGCCUGUCGGAUUUACGUCUGUGAGUCCGAGCAUGUUUUUUCCAUCGGGACAAAUGAAUCCAAUGCAAACGUCGGCUGGAUUCACGUCAGUCACGUCGAUGGCGGCCUCUGGUGUCGCAACGUCGGCCCACGGCUAUUCGAUGAGCUCCAGCGGCCAAACGCUUACGCCGAAUGCGUAUAUGACUUCCACUAGCGGACCUCCUAGUUUGUCUGCAGGAUAUGUGAAUCAGCAAAACUACAUGAUGGGCGGCGGCAUGAUGAACCUCCAACAGCAGCAGUAUAUGUCCAUGCCGAUGCCUAUGAACCUGGCGGGUGGAAACAUGUAUGACCCGAAUUAUGGCAUACCUGCUGUACCAGCAUCCACGAACAUAUACAGCAGUGGAAGCAGCAACAAUAGAAAUAGUGAUAGCAACUUCCCCAUGGAUCCAUUUGUCACUCCACUCGGAUUCGGCUCUGAUGUAAGUUUCGGAUCAUCUGGGUACCCUAUGGAUGGUAUGGUGGGCAUGCCCAUGCAGCAACAAGAACACCAGAUGAUGGGAUCCAUGAACGGAGCCAAUUUUGGAGCACCUAUGGUGACAAACAAUUUCGGAUAUGGAGCAGGCGUUGACAUGCCGGCGUCGUCAUCGCAAAGUAUGAUGCCGCAACCGUUGCCGAUACAUCAGUUUCAGCCAGCGCCGCAACACUUUCCGCAACAGGCCCAGCUUCCGCAGCAGUUACCACCUCAAACUGGGGCAAACGCGAUGAGCUGGUCUCUAGAUUCUGUGGUGUAUGGUGAGAACAACGUGAAUAUCUUUGAAGGGUUGACAGACGAUGCGUUCUUUCCGAUGCAAUGA